CGCAAAUUACUGUUCACUCGUGACUUCAUCCCCUGAAGUCAGGGGAUCCGGAUCCGGACGUGGCCAAUCACCGGCAUCCUUGAUUCCGUCUCCGCCCAGCGAUGCCGGUGAGGCGGCGGCAGCCGCGGCAGCAGGAGACGGGGGUGGCGGAGAGGUACAGGGAGGCGGGGAUAGCGGCGGCGCUGUCGCGGCCGUGGGACUACCCCACGGCCUGCGGCGAGCUGGCCGCCCUCCUCCGCUACGGGUACGCGGACCUCCCGAAGGCCGCCCAGGCGCUCGUCGCCAGUGACGUGCUGUUCGCGUUCCGUCUCCUCCCCGAUGUGCAGACAGGUUAUGCAGUAACUGCGGCUAAUGGCCUUCUCCAAGCAGUAGAAGUUGCCCUACCAAAGCAAAAGAAGGCACAGGCUGCUUCAGAGUUCAAGCAUUCUGUUGUUGCACAUAAGAGACGUGCUAGAGUUCAACAAGAACCAGGUUCACCGCACAUACCACACGACGUGCUUGUUCAUAUCUUCAGUUUUCUGGACAUGCGUUCUUUGGUUGCAGCUGGUCUUGUCUGCUGGUCUUGGAAUUCAGCUGCAAAUGACAACAACCUGUGGAAGAUGAAUUACUCUCUUUUCUUUGGCGUAUGUCAUUGGAAUGGAACAAGCAUACCUGUAUCUGGUUUACAGAACAUUCUUGAUGUUGUGCACAAUAGCAUGGAUUCAAUGUCCAUUGAAUUUACUUUUUACUGGAAAGAAUUUUUCCACAAUAAGUAUGCAGAAUGCGCAACAUGGAGAUUUGCAUCAAAUAGAGCACUAUGUGGGAAUUGCAGAUCAGUUAUUUGGCUGAGCAACCUGACAUGUGCUUCUCCACACCAUUGCUCUAAGAAUGGAAAAGAUGAAGUAAAACUACGGGCUCUGUUACCUGACACGGUUGCUGAAUACAUAUUGCACGCUGAAGAUUUAGCAGCUUCAUCAUCUGAAAGUGAUGAUACAUAUAGUGAUUCUGAGGACGAAUACGAGCACAGAAGAUUUUGGAUGUACAACGAAACGAGACUUGGAUUGUGAUAGUUAUGUCUUAAUCUCUGGUAAUUUGUUGUUUGCGGUAUCCACUGUGUUAUUAGUAGGAACUGCAAACAGUAUUCAUCUCCAUGAGAUGGCUCGCCGAGUGAAAAUGAAACAUGAACAUUGUACUUCGAACACUAUUCGAAUAACAUAUUUGCAUCA